GAUAUAAAUAAUUUUAAUUAUGAUAAUGAUUCAUUAUCUCAGAGGAUAUGCAUUUUCAGUUAGGUAGGUUCAUUCUUAAAUUGCAAUUAUCGGAGGAGGAACAGCUGGAUUAAAUGUGGCAGCCCAAUUGAUAGCAGACGGACAUGCAAUUCCAUAAUAAAUUAGAAUUUUCGAACCGAUGAAAAUGCACACUUAUUAACCAGGAUGGACAAUGGUUGGUAUGCUAUAAACAUUAAAAAUAAGGUGGUGGUUUGUAUGACAUCAACAAAACUCUCAAACCAAUGGAAAAGGUUUUACCAAAAAAUGUGAUUGUUUCAGAUAGUCCUGUUAUUAAGAUAAAUCCAGAAGAAAAUUAAAUAUAGACAUAUGAUGGAGAGAAAUAUACAUAUGAUUAGUUGGUAGUGGCCACAGGUAUACGAACAGAUUUUGAUUAGAUUAAAGGUAUGAUUAAAAUAAACCUAUUUUAGGAGCAAGAAAGCAAUUAGAAGACCCUAAUUCCCCAGUGGCUUCAAUCUAUCAUUAUAAAUAUGCUACAAAAAUGAAUAGAUUAGUUGAUGAAUUUGAGGGUGGCAAACUAGUCUUUUCUGAACCUUAGAUGCCAAUAAAAUGUGGCGGGGCUCCAUAGAAGAUAGUGUAUUUGUCUCAUGACCGACUCAGGAAAAGAGGAAUUAAAUCUGACAUUCAUUUCUAUAAAACAGCUGCUCUAAUUUUUGGUGUACCUAAGUAUGCUGAAAUAUUGACAGAUGUAUGUAAGAGAAAAUAAAUUAAUUGUCAUUUCAAAUAAAAAUUGGUUGAAGUCCAAGAUCACGUAGCUAUUUUUGAAGACUAAGACACCAAGGAAUUGAAGUCAGUGACAUUCGACCUCUUGCAUUUAGUACCACCUUAAGUAUGUGAUACAAUUUAAUUUUAGGUGCCAGCACAAUUUAUAGCCGCUAGUGGAUUAGGUGAUGCUGCUGGAUUUUGUAAUGUGCAUCCAAAUACUUUGUAGCAUGUGAAGUAUAAAAAUAUUUGGUCAUUGGGAGAUUGUUCAUCCUUGCCUACUUCUAAGACUGCUGCAGCUGUGAUGGCUCAGACACCUAUUUUAGUGAAGAAUUUAAUCAGAACAUGGAAGUAGGGAUAAGAACCUAUUCCUGAAUAUCAAGGUAUUAAAUGAAGAGUAAUUUCUUAGGUUACACUUCAUGUCCAAUAUUUACAAGUCAAAGUACUUUGUUGUUGGCUGAAUUCAAAUACAAUUCAGAGUUGGAUGAGACAUUCCCCAUAUUUCAAUCUAAUGAAAGUCGAUUGAUGUUUUAUUUAAAAAAGGAUUUCUUCCCCUUUGCUUAUUGGUAUUUUAUGGUUAAAGGAUUGUGGGGAGGAAGAGACGGAUUCAGAUUUUUUAAAGGAGCUUGAAUGUGAU